GUGGUUACGGUCGACGGUGACAAGCGUAUUGUCAUAUACAGCAAGACACUCAUCAACAAAGGCGAUGAGAUCACGUACGAUUACAAAUUCCCAAUCGAAGAAGACAAAGUCGACUGUUUGUGUGGUGCUCCGAACUGUCGUGGAACUCUCAAUUAA